UUUUUCUUUUUUAAAGAAAAAUACCCACCAUCUUCUUGUUUUCUUCUCCCUUGUGUCACCUUAUGUUCUUACAGGGAGCCCGAGGGAGAGAACAGUGAGAAAGCGAUGGCAAUGACGGCGAAGAGUAACAAGAGCAACACCUCCUUAACCGUUCCGAAUCUGUUUCUCUUCUUCACCCUCCUCUCCCUUUUCUCACUUUUCAUCUUCCUCUUCUUCCCCACCGCCACAAUCCUACACUCUUCUACCUACCCUCACGCUUCUACCACCAUCAACGUCUACGUCGCCGACCUCCCCCGAUCCCUCAACUACGACCUUCUCCACCGUUACUGGACCUCGUUCUCCGACUCCCGACUCUCCACCGAUGAAGAUCACCGGCAUCCCCCCUCCCUCCAUCCAGUGGCCAAAUACCCGCCUUACCCGGACAACCCUCUCAUCAAACAGUACAGCGCGGAGUACUGGAUCAUGGGCGACCUUAUGACCCCACCACAACAUCGCGUCACAUCCUUCGCCAAGCGUGUCCUCGACCCGCGUCUCGCCGACGUCGUUUUCGUUCCGUUCUUCGCCACGCUCAGCGCGGAGAUGCAGCUCGGAGCGAACAAGGGCGCGUUCAGGAAGAAGACCGGGAACGAGGAUUACAAGCGGCAGAGGGAGGUCAUGGACGCCGUUAGAAGCACCGAGGCCUGGAACCGUUCCGGAGGACGAGAUCACGUGUUUGUGCUGACGGACCCGGUGGCCAUGUGGCAUGUCAAAGAUGAGAUUGCCCCUGCUAUUUUGCUCGUUGUGGAUUUUGGCGGUUGGUAUAGGCUUGACUCCAGAGGUUCUAACUCUAUUGAGAGUGGUGUGGUUCCUCAUACUCAAGUUUCUGUGAUUAAAGAUGUGAUUGUGCCUUACACGCAUUUGCUUCCGAGGUUGGAUUUGUCACAAAACAAGGAGCGUCACCAACUUCUGUAUUUCAAAGGAGCUAAACAUAGGCACCGGGGAGGUAUGAUUAGAGAGAAGUUAUGGGAUCUAAUGAUUGGUGAGCCUGGUGUUAUAAUGGAAGAAGGUUUCCCUAAUGCAACUGGGCGAGAUCAAUCAAUAAAAGGGAUGAGAACAUCAGAAUUUUGUCUGCAUCCAGCUGGAGAUACACCGACUUCAUGCCGACUUUUUGAUGCAAUACAAAGUCUUUGUAUACCUGUCAUUGUCAGUGACAACAUUGAGCUGCCAUUUGAAGGUAUGGUGGAUUAUUCGGAAUUUUCUGUUUUUGUGGCAAUUAGUGAUGCCCUGAAACCAAACUGGCUCGUCAAUCAUCUUAAAAGCUUUUCAAAAGAGCAGAAAGCUACGUUCCGCCAAAAUAUGGCUCGGGUACAGCCCAUUUUUGUCUACGAUAAUGGUCAUCCGGGUGGUAUUGGACCAGUGCCUUUGGAUGGUGCAGUGAAUCACAUAUGGAAGAAAGUUCACCAAAAAUUGCCAAUGAUAAAAGAAACCAUAAUUCGAGAGAGAAGAAAGCCACCUGGUGUUUCAGUUCCACGACGUUGUCAUUGUACCUGAAUUUAAGUAGUUUUUUUUUGUUUUUCUUCUUUUAGAGGGACGAGAUAUAGUUUAAUAUCUGGUUCGGUUUUGGACCAAUUUCUUUUCUUUUGGUGAGAGGAGUUUGUUAAAUCUUUAGAUAGUGAAUGCUUAUUUAAUGGUGUAGAAGUUAGUUGCCAUUGACUGUGAGUAGUGUGGAACUAAGCAUUUGAAUCUCACAGCACCUGAAUUGAUAUGUUUCCAUGCUUCUCUUCACUUUGUAUUGUAGACUGAUAAGUUUUCAGAGUGAAAUGUUGAUCGGUGAUUUUAUUGUUUA